AUGGAGGAAGCCGCUAUGCGCCAGAAGUCGCAAAUCAGAUGGUUGAAGCUAGAUGACCAGAAUACUGCCUUUUUUCAUCGAUAUGUUCGAUCAAGGCAGAGCAGCAAUGCUUUGAGAUCAGUUAUUGACCCAGAUGGAAAUUUGUUGACUAACCAUGAUCAGGUGGAAAGGCUCCAGGCCGUGAUGGGUAUUCAGUUGGCUUCUUCAAAGGAGCUUGGACAGUGGUUGGAGGGCUUCUGUGAUGUCGUCUUACACUUCUUUGAGACCAAUUACUUCCCUCAAGGGGUGAAUACGACUGCUAUUACACUUAUUCCUAAAAGGAAUGGUGUUAAUCGAUUGGAGGAUUUCAGCCCUAUAUCUUGUUGUAGCGUUAUUUAUAAGUGCAUUUCAAGAAUAUUGGUAGAUAGGCUUCGUGUGUGGCUUCCUUCUUUUGUUAGUGGAAAUCAGCCAGCUUUCAUCCCUGGGAGGAGUAUUAUUGACAAUAUUCUUCUUUGUCAGGAGCUUGUAAGGGCAUACCAUUUGCACAGAGGUACGCCUUUAAGAUUUGUGAGUUGGGUUCGAGCGUGUGUGACCUCUCCGAUGUUCUCCAUUAUGAUUAAUGGAUCGUUGGAAGGUUUUUUCCAUGGGAGGAAAGGACUUAGACAAGGUGACCCUUUAUCCCCAUUCUUAUUUGUGAUGGUCAUGGAGGUGCUUUCUCGCAUGUUGAACAGCCCACCUGAGAAUUUUCAAUUCCACCAGUUUUGUGAGAAGGUUAAUAGUUCGAAAGCUUCUCGGCUUGCUGCUAACAUGGGUUUUUCCAUUGGUCAUCUCCCUGUUAGUUAUCUUGGGCUUCCUCUCCUCUCUGGAAGAUUGCGAAGCUCUGAUUGUGAUCCCCUUAUUCAGUGUAUUACCAGUCGUAUUCGGUCUUGGUAUGCAAGAGUGUUAUCUUUUGCAGGUAGACUUCAGCUUGUUCGCUCAGUCCUUAGGAGCCUUCAGGUUUAUUGGGCUAGUGUGUUCAUGCUUCCUAUGAAAGUCCACAGAGACGUUGAUAAGAUCUUGAGGGCUUAUCUGUGGAGAGGUAAGGAGGAGGGAAGAGGUGGGGCUAAAGUUGCCUGGGAUGAGGUUUGUCUUCCUUUUGAUGAAGGAGGUCUUGAUGAUCGUGAUGGAUCUUCUUGGAAUAUAGCUAGCACGUUGAAGAUACUGGGUGGUCCGAUUCUGAGUG